AUGUCAAGCGCACGUACAUCCAGUGGGUCAUCGCGGCCGCCCGUAGUUCCCGCCACACCCGUUGGCCGUUCUAUGCGCAAGAAGAAUCAUCUCAACCUCAGCGCCAAGGCGUUUGACAAGAUGUCUAAACGUCUCCUCUCCGUCGAAAAGUCGACAGGUCAAUCCGCCAUGUCCUCGUGGCGCACCUCGGAUCCCAACGAGCCCCUGGCUGCUGCAUCCGACCGCAUCGAGGGCAUCCCCGAGCUGGGUGAAGGUGGUCAUAGGACAACAGCUUCCUACGUCAUCGCCGAAGCCGACGAGAAUGCGGUCAACGCGCCCGAAGUCAAGUCCACCACCGAGUAUCACCUCCGCCGCUUCGGAAAAGCUCCCGUAUCGCGAGGUCUGACACAAGGCGCUGGCAAAGGUCCCGACGGCGCAGCGCUCGCAGCAGCUGCUGCAAAGUCGCUCAAGGGCAAGGGUGUGGCCCCGGUCGACUCUUUUCUCAACGAAGGCAGCUUCGUCUUCAAUCCGCUCAACAGACGAGUACCUCAACCCACUCCGCGAAAGGCAAAGACGCGCCACAUCUCGUCCUCUAGCAACGCCGUAUCCGCACGCGCACCCUCCAGCCAGCAACCCCUGUUCUCCGCCGCGUCAGUCCAAGAACCUGCGAAGCCUGCAACGAGGCAAGAGUCGCGGCCCGAUCUAGUGGCACCCGUCGCCGUCGCCGGCACAAGUUCUGCAGCCGCGCCAGCCUCAGAGAACGAGGACCCUUCCUUCGUGCCGCUCAGCCUGGUCGACCGCGAUCUUCAAGAGGCUCUCAUCCUCGAGGACCUCCUCUACGUACUUCUCGGCAUCGAGGGCCAGUACAUCACCUACGCCUCCUCCUACGAUCCCGAAGACGUGGCUCACCGGCUUCGCGGCGCCCAGUUCAUCAUCGACCCAGCCCUUGACGCCCCGCUCCGCGACCUCGUCGACCGCAUCGUCCCAUUCGCCACCGACUACACCGCCAUCUAUGCUUUCAUCGAGACCGACUCGGGCCUGGAAUAUGGCACCGUCAAUCACGCGCUCUGCUCAGCCAUCCGCGACCUGCUCCAUGACUACGAACUGCUGGUGGUCCAGCUCGAGCAUCAGAUGGCUUCGUCCGCCUCCUUCAGCCUGCAGAGGCUCUUUGUCUGGAUUCAAGAGACCGCACGCACACUCGCUGCCGUUCGCGCACUCACCGACGAGAUCGUCGGCAUCUCUCACGCCGACCUCUUUGAUGAUGAGGACGACGACGAUUCGUCCGACGGCGAUGGCGCAUCCGAAAUCAGUGGUACCUCGGCGCUCGAGCGCGAGCGUAGGGCGCUGCUCGGUCUCGACGAUCCCGAAGACGAGGGUGUCGAGGGCGGCAUCGCAAAGGGAGGCGAGGUGCUGUCCAUGCUCUGGGACCGCAUCACACGCAUGGGCGGCGACCCCAAGGCGCACGCGCUCUUUACCACGCUCUUCCAGCGCGCCUCGCAGCCUUAUGCAGAGACGCUGGUCAAGUGGAUCACUACGGGCGACCUUUCCGACACGUACGAAGAGUUCAUGGUCAUGGAAGACGCAAAGGUUACCCGGGCCGCCCUUGAGUCCGAUCCAACCGACGAGUACUGGGAAACGCGCUACACCCUCCGCGACGAGACCACCAUCGCAAAGCGAGAACGUCAGCGGCAGCUUGGCCUUGAUCUGGAUGCCGAGAUCGAGGACGAGGAAGAGAACCCGCGAGGCUUUCUCACGGGAGGCGCCAAGAUCCCGUCGUUCCUCGAACCGUGGAAGCACAAGAUCCUCCUGGCGGGCAAGUACCUCAACGUCAUUCGCGAAUGCGGCCUCGAGGUGCCCUCCGACCCGGAUGUUGCGCUCACUGACGCGGCCAGCAGCGACCAGCGAGUCGGCCGUGCGGCAAGGUCCGUCGCUGUGGUCAUGAACGACGAGUCCUUCUUCCGUCGCAUAGAGGCCGCUUACCAGCGCGCCAACUCUGCGCUGCUCAAGCUCUUGCUCGAGGACCAGCACAUCCUCGAGCGUCUGCGCUCGCUCAAGCACUUUUUCUUCUUCUCCGAGUCCGACUUUCUCUCGUCGUUCUUGGAGCAGUCCGCCCACGAGCUUGCCAAGAAGGUCUCGCCCACCAAGACCAGAGAAACGGUGCAGCAGCGCCUCCAGACACAUCUCGGUGCCGUGCUGGGAUCCAGCAGCACGGUCGGCUUCGAAGAUCCGUAUCGCGAAGACGUCCGCAUCGUGCUUGCGUCCGAGGGCGCAUACGACCAGCUCAAGCGCAUCGCCGAGACCAAGGGCGGCAUCGAAGCGACCAAGCUCGCACAGGCAAAUGCUGCGGCCGCGGCUGCCGCCGCAGCAGCAGCUGGAAGCUCGGGCAAGGAGACAUUUGUUCCUUCGGUCAGCCUGCUGCAGUUUGAUGUUGCAGUCAAGUUCCCCGUGUCGCUCGUCAUCAGCCGCAAGAACAUCCUGCGAUACCAAUUCGUCAGCCGCGGCCUGUUCCACCUCAAGACGCUCGAACGGUCGCUGUCCGAGCUGUGGCUUGACCACUCGUCCUCAGCGCUCUGGAAGCAACGCACCCAUCCGGCACUGGAAAAGUGGAAGCAACGCCUCUUCCAGCUGCGCUCGCGCAUGACGUUCUUCGUCGAGCAGCUUCUGGCAUUCCAGAUGAUGGAGGUCGUGGAGCCCAACUACCAGGAUCUGGAGCGCAAGCUGCGCAACGUCAAGACGGUCGACCAGCUGAUGAAGGACCACUUUGCCUUCCUCAACACCACGCGCAAGGAGCUCAUGUUUACCGACCUGCGCUACCUCGAGCUCCACUCGCAGCUGACCACGGUCAUCAACGUGUUUGUCGAGAAUAGGACGCGCUUCCAGGAUCAGCUGCUGCUCGAGACGGAGCGGUGGAAGAAAGCGGGCGGCAAGAAGGGCGUCGCCCCAGACCCACCGCUGCAGGAGUCCACGCACGAGUUCUUGGCAAGGGUGCAGAAGCACUGGGAGAGAUAUGCCAAGACGUACAAGGACGUCGUCAACCUGCUCAGCACCACCGACAACCCGGCCGCACUCCCGCUCGCCUACCGCUUCCAGAGCUCCAAUCUGUAG